UUGCAAUUUGGAUGUAUGAUGCCGGGCUCCCUUUUAAUUGCGUCAAUCACAAAUCAUUCGAUAAAUUUAUUGAGGCGGUUGGACAACAUGGCCCCGGAAUGAAGCCUCCUACAUUCCAUGAAGUUAGAGUCACUCACCUUAAAAAAGAGGUGGAUAAAGUAGAAAAAAUUGUUGAGGAGCAUAAAGUGCAAUGGACAAAGUUUGGUUGUUCCAUUAUGAUGGACAAAUGGACGGCACGAAAUGGCAAAAUGAUCAUCAAUAUUUUGGUGAAUUCUCCAAUCGGUAGUGUAUUUCUUGGUUCGGUUGAUGCUAGCAAUGAAUCUACCGAUUCCACCAAAAUGUACAAGUUAUUUGAAAGCACUAUCGAAAGAAUUGGACCGGAAAAUGUGGUACAAAUUGUCACCGAUAAUGCUAGUGAGAAUGUCAAAGCGGGAAGUAUGAUAAUGGGUGCGUAUCCACACAUUUAUUGGACUCCAUGUGCCGCUCAUUGCAUCAACUUGAUAUUUGGUGACAUAUUCAAGGUUAAGCCAUAUGCUUCCGUUUUUAAGAAGGCCAUCAGAAUCCAUUCUUACAUUAGUCAAAGGCCAUUGUUGUUAAACUUGAUGAGAAAAUUCACCAAAGAAAGAAAUUUGGUGAAACCGGCCAAGACAAGAUUUGCAACGGCAUUCUUAACUUUGAGAGCUAUGUACAUUCAAAGAAAAAACUUGAAAACUUUAGUCCUCUCAACCGAAUGGAAUUCAAGUAAAUUUGCAAAGGAAACUUCGGGGAAAGAAGUUGCCAAUCUUCUUAUUUCUAUCCACUUUUGGAAUGAUGUUGUUCGGGCACUUACAGUUUGUAGCCCUUUGACAAAAGUGCUUCGUUUGGUGGAUGGGGAGAAAAAACCACCAAUGGGUUAUAUUUAUGAGGCAAUGGAUAGAGCCAAAGAAGCUAUUGCACAUGGUUUUCGUGGAGUUCAGAAGCAUUAUGAGAAAGUGUUUCAAAUUAUUGAUGCAAGGUGGUCAGAACAACUCCAUCGGCCUUUGCAUGCUGCAGGCCAUGUUUUGAACCCAGGAUUAUAUUAUAAAGCUGAAGAAGAGGGAACUUUAUUACAGAGUUUGUGGACCGAGUAUUAUGCAUGUGUUGAGAAGUUGGUCCGUGAUACAACAAUACAAGAUGCACUAAUCGCUGAGCUUCCUAAGUACAAAAUGGCGGAUGGACUAUUUGGUUGUGGUCCGGCUAAAAGAGCUAGAGACACAAGGUCACCGGUUGAAUGGUGGUCACUAUUUGGUAGUGAAACACCAAACUUGCAAAAGUUUGCCAUGAAAGUGUUAAGCCUAACUUGUAGCUCAUCUGGAUGUGAGCGAAAUUGGAGUGUGUUUGAACACAUUCAUUCCAAAAAGAGGAAUAGGCUUACACUAUCGCGUCUCAAUGAUCUAGUGUACAUUAAGUACAAUAGAACAUUGAAACGCCGUUAUGAUGCUCGUGAUCUUAUUGAUCCAAUUCGCUUGGAUAACAUAGAUGAUUCCAACGAAUGGUUAGUUGGAUGCCCCGAAGAUCAAGAUGAUGAACUAGUAUAUGAGGAUGAUGAUCUUACUUGGGGUAGUGUUGCUACGGCAAUUGGAGCGGACGAGAGUAUCUAUCAUCUUAGGGGACUUUCUUCAAGAUCAACAGUACUUGACAAGGGCAAAGGAGUAGAAAGUACAUCUUUAAGUUCAUCUUCAAGUAGGACUCGGACACUAAUUGAUGAAGAAUACGAGGAGGAAGAAGAUGAAGAGCAAUAUAAUGAUGUAGAAGAUUUUGAUCUUCAAGAGUUGGAUAAUUUUGAAGAAGAAUAGACUUUUAAAGUUUUGGUUUAUUGUAUUUUGAAUUGUUUGGUCUUUAAAGUUUUAGACAUUCUAUUGGUUUUUGAAUUGAAUAUUUGCUAAUAUGUGUUAUUGCUAUUAAGACUUUGGAUAAAAUAUGCAAUUAAAUAUUUUUAAUUUUUGGUAUUAA